UCUGUUUUACAGUUUAUUAAAGAGUGCAUACCUCACAUCGUUUCAUUAUUUCACCAUUCAUUACUAUACACGGAGCUCUCAUUGAACACCAUGGAGUAUCUGCCUAAAGAACAAAACAAGUUAGUACAGGCUAUAGAGUCAUACAACUGGGAAGCAGUUAUAAGAUUUUUGCAAACUGAACCACAAUUGGUUAAUACUUACGAUAAGGCCGGCUUUACGCCAUUAAUGCCCGCUGUGUUGUAUGCACCAGACAACGUGUUGGAGAUAUUAAUUGACGAAGCAACAAAAAAAACCAUUGAACAUGAGGACAAAAAGGUGCUUGGAACUAUUCUUCAUCACUUGGCGAUUUACGCACGUGUACCAGCAUUAAGACGUGUGCUGCAAAAAUCAAACACCAGAGUUAAUUGGAGAGGCAACGACGGAUGCACACCACUACAUCUCUGUCUAGAUAAUGAGUACCGCCGUUAUGAAGAACACCGCGAAACGGCAAUUUGCCUCGUAGAACAUGGCGCGUUAUUAAUAAAAGACAACGAAGGAAAGACGCCUCUUGAUUUGUAUGAUAAGAAUAAAUGUAUUUUAUAUGACGGCAGUCGAUCAAUUAUAAGAGAGAAGAAAGACGAACUGAAAAAGUUACUUUUAGGCAUGACACUUCCUGCACAAAUUAAAGCCAGAGGAAAAGAUGCAGUUAAUGCAUUCUUGAAUGAAAUUGAAAAAGGUGAAAUGACGUUGGUAAAUAGCAGAGUGAUGUUUCUGGGAAAGGAAGGUGCUGGUAAAACCAGCCUUGUAAAUUCCAUCCUUGGAAAACAAUUCGAUGAAAAUGAACCAUCAACAUGUGGUAUUGUAACAACAACGGUAUUUCAAACUGGUGAAGACUGCAACAAGUGGGAGGAACAUAAGGAUGUAGACGUGUGUGAAUUAACCAAGCAAAUACGAGAGUAUAAUAUAGCAGAACGUAUUGCAAGGAAGCUGGAACCACCAGAAAGCCAGGAAACCACAUCUAUGUCCGUAUCACCCAGUUCUACAGCAUCUCCAAUGGAAACAUCAGAAGAAGCUACAAGUCUAACUUCAGAGGAAAGAGAAACUUCUGAUGUGUCUCAGAGAGCUGCAAAUGUAUCGACUAGACAUUUCGAUAGACUCCCAGAAGAAAUUUUUAAAAAGGUUGUUGCUAAUCUUGACCGGCAGAAUCUUGAACCAAGCAGCAUAAAAGAACCAAAACCCGGCCGUUUGAAACGAUUCUUCAUAAAAAUAAAGAGAAAAAAGGCUACUAACAAAAACGCAGGCUUUGUACGUGUUGUUGAAAAUGUACCGAGUGAUGUAACAUGUAUAUGGGAUUAUGCAGGCCAAAUCUCAUAUUAUAUAACUCAUAGGUUUUUCUUGACAGAUGGAUCGUCAUAUGUCGUUGCUUUUAGUUUGUUUGAGCCUUUAAAUGAAUUGGCAAAAUCCAGAGGUCCACUAAAAAAUCAGUUUGAAAUGACUAAUCUCCAAAUGAUUAUUUUCUGGAUACGGUCAAUAUAUGAGCACGCUGUACUACAAUAUAAUGCAAGUACGAAAUUGAUAAAUGACACUAUAGCCUCACCCACAAUCAGUUUGGUUGGCACUCACAAAGACAAGUUAGAGGGAAGUGAGGAGGAUAAACAGGAUCAGAUUGAAGCAAUAUUCAAAAUAAUAUUUGAAGAAAUCAACGGGAUGCCAUUCGAAAUUCACGUAGACAGAACGAUGUAUGCUGUAGAUAAUACAUCAGCAAAUGACAAAGGGAUUGAAGAAUUAAAGAAAAAUCUCGGAGGUUACACAAAGCAAAUGGCAAAAACAGUUCCCACAAAAUGGGUUGAUUUCCAGUCGAAAAUCCAAGAAGUUGGGAAAACAACACUGCGCAUGUCCUUAGACGAGGUCACUCAGAUUGCUGUUGAUUGUGGGAUUCCGAACGAAAACACCAUCCACAUUCUCAACUAUUUAAAUGAUUGCGGAAUCAUUAUGUACUGGCCAACUAACAUCAAGUUGAAGAACACUGUGAUUACUAACGUUUACAUGUUGAUUGAAAUCUUCACGAAAGUAAUCACAACGGAAGAUAAGAGACCUGCAAUGAUGAGGUUAUGGCAUCUGCUUGAUAAAGGCAUUUUGAGUGAGACAUUGCUACGUCAUCUGUGGAAACAUGAAUUAGAGGAAGACGAAAGCAGCUUUGAUAUUUUUGUAGAAUUGAUGAAAAUUUUUGGACUGCUCUUUGAGAAACAAACGGAUAAGUCACUUUUUCCCUACAGUUUGAAAUAA